GUAUUUAGUUGGCUAUAUUUAAACAAAUAAAAAUGGCCGGUUAAAAAAAAAAUAAUAAUCCCGUUUCUUUUUCUUUUCAUACAAAAUAAAAGAAAAAUUCAAAUUUUAUAAAGAAAAAUGCCGAAACAUGAUGACGAUCCAGAUUUUGUAGAUAGUUUUUCAUUGACAACUAUCAUUGUUUUUGUAUUAAUUGCUUUGAUUGUAUUACUUUCAUGUAUAAAUUGUUGUAUAAUGACUUGGCGUAUGUGUAUGCGAAAAUGUGGAAGAAGUUCAUCAUCAUCAUCAUCACGAUCAUCAAGAGCAUGGUCUCGUUCAUCAUCUCGACGAUCAUCAAGAAGAGGAGCAUCAACAUCAGCAAUGACAACAGGUGGACAAUAUACCGGAGCAACAACCGGUACUAGCUGGGGAGGUGGAACAUCAGUUGAAUGAUUGUUCAUUUUUUUCUUCAGAACAAAUUUUGGAAACAAAUUCAAUUAAUAAAUAAAUAAUUAAAAAAAA